GGAGGGUGGAGCAGCGACUCCAUCAGGAGUGGGUGCGUAGCUCGAGAUCUGUGGGCUCCGUGUCAAGAGAGAAGGCGCUUUGGGCGAGAUUCAUGGCCUCUAAGCCCGGAGAUGCAGACGCACCUCCGGCCGUGGAGGAAGAUGGCGUGCCGUCGAAGAGAGCCGCGUCCGCGGCACUGGGAAGAAUCGUGGCAGGGCUCAAGUUCCUCCCCCAGGAGCCAGAGCUAGUGCCGACUGGGAACGGCGCGUUCUGGGAUGAGGUUAUAGGUGGCUCACGGGCGCCUUCCUCGCCACCACGUGCUGAAAGGUUGCUGCUGGGCGUCAAGAAGCCAGUGCAAGGCGACGAAGGCGGUGAGAAGCCGGUGCAAGGCGACGAAGACGGUGAGAAGUCGGACGUCCAGAAGCCGGCGCCGGGAGAUGAAGCCAGUGACAAGCCAGUGCCAGACGAUGAAGUAGAUUGUCUCUCUUGUAUGCUCACGCGGCCAAGAUGCAACAAUAGCUGGAAGAACCUUACAAAUCAGGUCCUUGGAGACUGCCUUCCCCUAAGUUGACAUGAAAAUCUUCGCCAUACACAGGAUCUUCGUCAUCUUCAUGGUGGCAGUAAAUGAAU